AUGAAUAAAUCUGAGAGUUUUCAUUAGGAAGUUCUUUCCCUCAAGGCAGAUUCUGAGAUCUUGUAGUCUCCUGAAAAAAAGGAUCUAAGAACACGAAAUAAUAUAAUUCCAGGAAUGUUUUAGGAAUAUAAAAGAACCUAUAUCAAAGUCCCUUAAGAAUCUAAAGAAUAAUUACAUCAACUUGUAUUCAAGGAAGGGUUUAAAAUUAAAGAAGUAUAAUACUGGAUUAAGAUUAAUAUAGGCUGCUUAGAAACUUUUCAUUAAAUAUGCAACAGCUAAAACAAUUGUAUUCCAUUUGAGAAAAAAGUUUGAAAAAGAAAGGAAGCAAGGAAGCAAAUUUUGUAGAUAUAUUCAAUUAAAGGGGAAGAUCUCCAUAAAAUUAAGAAUCAUAUCAAUAAUACAAAAAAAUCUAAUUUCUUCUGUUGAAUAUACUGUUCAACAUUAAUCAAAUGAUUAACCCUAUGAACAAUAAUAGAAAUGA